AUGGAGAUCGUCAAGGACAUUGUGAUUGUGGGGGCUGGAAUUUCCGGUCUAACUACAUCCUUGGGACUUCACAGGCUUGGGAUUCGAAGUUUAGUUUUGGAAUCAUCGGACAAAUUAAGGAUCACCGGCUUCGCAUUCACGACGUGGAACAAUGCCUGGAAAGCCUUGGAUGUUCUCUGUAUCGGCGAAUCUCUCCGCCGACAACACCACCUUACUCCAAGCAUGCUUGUUGCCUCUACAUUUUCAGUCCAGCCAGCAUCAGAGAUAUCGUUUAAGGGUCAUGAAGUUCGUUGUCUUCAAAGGAGAUCGUUGUUGGAAGCUUUGGCAAAUGAACUCCCUAUUGGAACUAUCAGAUUCUCUUCUAAAGUGGUUUCCAUUGAGGAAUCCGGGUUCUUUAAACUAGUGCAUCUUGCCGAUGGAUCCGUUCUCAAAGCCAAGGUGCUGAUCGGGUGUGAUGGGGUGAACUCGGUUGUGGCAAAAUGGCUUGGUUUGGAGAAGCCUGUUUUCACAGGCCGAUCAACGGUUAGGGGUUACACAAAGUUCAAAGGCGGCCAUGGUUUUGGACCGGAAUUCCGACAGUUCGUCGGCAAAGGUGUUCGAUCUGGCCUACUCCCUUGUAAUGACGAGAAUGUUUACUGGUUUUUGACGUGGACUCCAUCCACCAAAGAAGAAGAACUAGAAGAUGACCCUGCUAAGCUGAAGCAGUUCGUACUGAACAAGCUCCAAGACACACCCGACGACAUGAAAUCAGUCGUCGAAAAAACCUGGCUCGAUAGCAUUGCGUCGUCCCAAUUAAGAUACAGAAGACCUUGGCAUCUUCUAUGGGGAAAUAUCAGCAAAGGCAAUGUUUGUGUAGCAGGUGAUGCCCUUCAUCCUAUGACUCCGGACCUCGGCCAAGGAGGAUGUUUGGCCUUGGAAGACGGCGUUAUUCUAGCAAGGUGUCUUGCAGGAGUGAUAUCGAAACCCGAUAUGGAAGGAACCGAUGAUGAAGAAGAAGAGUAUAAGAGGAUUGAAAUGGGGUUGAAAAUUUUUUCUCAAAAGAGAAGAUGGAGAAGCAUUGAUCUCAUUACGACGUCUUAUAUGGUGGGGUUUAUACAACAAAGGAGCGGGAUGAUUAUCAACUUGUUGAGAGAGAGAUUCUUUUCUAGAUUCUUGCCUGGGAGGCUGUUAAGAAAGGCUGAUUUUGAUUGUGGCAAUCUUCAAUACUGA